AUGGCGACCACUCCCGCCACUGCAAACCCAGCCCGGAAUGAGUUCUUUCAGCAGCUCAAACCAUGCUGUGUCUCAAUUAGUCAGCUAGCAAUCCGACAACAAGGAGAUUCGUCCUCCUUCAAACGACUCUCCGAGUUGACUGACGAGUUGUACCACAUUCUCAACGACCAAGUCAAUAGAGAUGCCAACGUUCUGGAUUCAAAGCUUGCCGACUACGUCUUUUUCCCGCUCUCUCAUGUCUUCCGCAGUCACGAUCAAUACCCCAAGCGCCUAAUCGAGCUCGCCAUCAAGUGCCUUACCGUUAUCAUUAUUCACGGCUGGAAGUCCAACAUCUCGCCCCAGAUCUUGCAGCAGCUCCUGAUACUUCUCACUUUCAUCGUUGGAGGAGUACCUGGCCGCGGGAGAGAGCACAAUGUGCCCGAGGAAACCGAGCUUGAAUCGCUUAGAGCAUUAACUGCCUUGCUUACUGUGGCUGGAACGUCCAGCACAGCAGCAACAGCUCUGACCGAGGAGAGAUUGGUGCCAACUCUGGGCCAUACCAUCACGGUAAUUCUGGGAUGCGUAGCGGAUGGAAGAACGUCAGCUAUUCAGCUCGAAGCUCUGCGUAUCCUGAACUGCUUCUACACGAGCAUCAAGGACCAUGCCGCACUUGCGUCGUUCAUUCCGGGCAUCGUCUCUAGCCUGACAAAACUUCUUUCCAAACCCCAGGGAGAGAAGACGCGCGUCUUGGUCGGUUCCAUACAGUCGUUGGGACUGGUGCUAGUAAAAGUUCUUGGCGAUGUCAGGACCCGGAGCAUCAUCGCAAGACUGAACUCAGAUACUCCACCGGAGGCCGAACAAGGGGGUGUACUGAGCCUAUCAUGGCUCAACGCGACAAAAUCACAGAUCAAGCUGGCUUUGGCAACAGUCUUGAAACUCCGAAUAAGCGAUAAUACAGACGUACGCGAGGCGCUGCUGGCAUUCUGUCUUGGACUUCUCGACGAAUGUCACACCUCCCUGGAAAAUUGCUCUUCCGUACUGGUGGAGACAGCCAUGGUCAUCUCACCAACACAUCCAACGACGUCUUUGACCGGUACAAGUCUACAAGAUUUGGCCAUCAUAUAUCCUGAACUUGGCGAGACCGUGAAGGUCACAUGUUACAAUUGGAUCACCAGCUUGCCCAGGAUCAUGCAGUCUGCCGACGAAAGCAAGAAACAGGCCGCCGUCCAGAAUUUGAUGAAGGGUAUGGCUCUUGUCAGUAGCCUUCAGUUGGAUUCUUCACUAUUGGACGAGUCAAUAGCGGCGGCUCUAAGGGACAGUGUCACAUCUCUCAUAACCGGAGCGAAGCCUAGCAAGAUCCUGGAUGAAACAACGCCGGACGCUUCAUGGUACAACCAAGAUAUUGUGAGAAUAGGAGACACUCCAAAACAAUAUUCAAAUGUGCUGUUGGGCGAGGAGAGUCAGACUGGAACAAGGUCAGCUAUGAUUGACUUGCUUUCCAACGUCGGGCCAGCCUCGCAGCAGACCAGGCUUGCUGCCGAAAUGCUGGAUCACGCCAGGGACUCGUCAGGCGAUUCUCAGAUAGCCUCUUUCUGGCUGAGCUUUGAACUCCUCAAGACCGCCUUUUCUCGUUCCAACGAGCUCGACGAUCUCCUGGACUUCUCUUCACUGGGUUCUGGGGGCGAGUGUUCCGAAUCCACCUUUCAGGAAUUGUAUGCAUUCGCCGUCGUUUUGCUCGACUCACACUCUGAGCUGGCCGAGAUCGACUGGAGGCUAGAGGCCACAGCACUUGAAGUAACCGCCUUCGCAGCAUCUCGAUCAGGCGAAGCCUUCAGACCAGAACUCAUUGACGUGCUAUAUCCUACAACAGCCUUCCUUGGCUCUGCGAGCUCACAACUAAGAGAGCAUGCAAUCACGACCUUGAACGUUCUUGCUGUAUCGUGUGGGUACACGAGCGUCUCCGAAUUAAUCAUCGAGAACGUCGACUAUAUGAUCAACUCUGUUUCGCUGCGGCUCAACACGUUCGAUAUAUCGCCGGCGUCCACGAAGGUGUUGGUGAUGAUCACUCGCCUAACCGGGUCGCGACUGCUGCCGUACCUCGACGACGUUGUGGCCUCCAUUUUCGCAGCCUUAGACAACUACCAUGGGUACCCGGUAUUUGUUGAAAGUCUGUUUGCAGUGCUCAAGGAGGUUGUAGAACAAGGCGUGAAGUCUGACAGACUUCUUCUGGAGGGCCGACAAAAUGGACCAGAGAGUCACAAGAAGGCUGCCGGCAGUCAUGUCACAAUUGACGACAUUGUCAAUUUAUUGAAGAGACGACGGGAAAGAGAGACUGAAGCCUUGAUCGACGAUGUGACCGACGAAACUAACAACAAUCAUCCUCAAGAGCCUUGGGGUGCGCAGGACCAAAAACCCAAAGACGGCGGGGAAGAAGGAAUUGACGAAGUCGCUGCGAACAACCAAGUCGAAAAGGAGAAACCACCCAAGACACCAACGUAUACCCUACUGGAGAAGAUCGCCGGCUUGACACAGCACUAUCUUACUUCACCCAGCCCUACGCUGCGAAAGUCGUUGCUCGACCUACUGGCCACCGUAUCUCCAGCUCUUUCAGGCGACGAAGACUCUUUUUUGCCGCUGAUCAAUGCUGUAUGGCCGGUGGUGAUCACCCGAAUCUACGACGAGGAGGCGUUUGUGACCAUUUCAGCCUGCGAUGCCCUCUGUGCGCUCUCCGCCACCGCCGGAGACUUUCUAGCCUCCAGAAUCAAGACAGAGUGGUGGGACGGGCUGGGAAAGUGGUGUCGAAAGAAAAAGCUAGAGGCUAUCCAGUCUCGAGGUAAGGGCAGUACGCACCGAGAGAGUACCAGGCCAGGCCAGGCCGCCGGGACUACGAGUCAGGGAAUCGUCAUUCCCGUCAUGACAGGAAGCGAUCGGUUAAGCUAUCAAUCUGCAGAGAUAACGAAAGGCUCGGUAUCAGGCGGCUUGGGCAAAUUCGCUCAAUCUGCACAGAUCUGGGAUUCCGUGAUUCGCAUGUUGACAGCUAUCGCUUCACAUGUUCGCCUUGACGCCGAGAUAUUCGACGAAGUGCUGGAUCUGUUGAGCGAAGCACUUAGCCAGAACGUUGAAGCACGUCGCGCCUUGGAAGCUGUCAAUGGUGAUGCAGUCUGGCUAGCCAUGUACCAGCAGGGACAGGUAAAGGCCCCAAGUCUACCCAGACUAAACGGCGUGACUUUUGCAUCCUUGACGACGCUGAGCUGA